AUGGAGCCCUCCUGGCUGGAGACGCGCUGGGCGCGGCCCUUGUACCUGGCCUUCGUGUUCUGCCUGGCCCUGGGGCUGCUGCAGGCCAUCAAGCUCUACCUGCGGAGGCAGCGGCUGCUGCGAGACCUGUGCCCUUUCCCCGCGCCCCCCACCCACUGGUUCUACGGGCACCAGAAGCUACUUCAGGAUGGUGAAAUGGAGAAACUUGAGGAGCUUGUUGGAAAAUACCCUUGUGCCUUUCCUUGCUGGGUUGGGCCCUUUCAGGUAUUCUUCUAUAUCUAUGACCCAGACUACGCAAAGGCAUUUCUGAGCAGAACAGAUCCCAAGUCCAAGUACCUGUACAAGUUCUUGAUUCCAUGUCUUGGAAAAGGACUAGUGAGUCUAGAAGGACCCAAAUGGUUCCAGCACCGUCACCUACUAACUCCUGGGUUCAAUUUUAACAUCUUGAAAUCAUAUGUUGAGGUGAUGGCCCAUUCAGUGAACACAAUGCUGGGUAAGUGGGAGAAGAUCUGUGGCCCCCAGGACACAAUUGUGGAGGUCUUUGAGCAUAUCACCUUGAUGACCCUGGACAUACUUAUGAAGUGUGUUUUGAGCCAGGAGACCAACUGCCAGACAAGCAGCACCCAUGAUCUUUAUGUUAAAGCGACAUUUGAAGCCAGCAAAAUCAUCUUUCACCGCUUAUACAAUUUCUUACAUCACCUUGACAUAAUUUUCAAAUUCAGCCCUCAGGGCCACCGCUUACAGGAAAUGGUCAAAAUUCUACAUCAAUACACAGAAAAGAUAAUCCAGGAUAGAAAAAAAUUGCUCAAGAAUGAGAAGAAGUAUGGUAACACUCAGAAGCGGAAGUACCAGGAUUUUCUGGAUAUUAUCCUUUCUGCCCAGGCUGAAAAUGACAACAACUUCUCAGAUACUGACCUACAGUCCGAGGUGAACACAUUCAUGUUGGCAGGGCAAGACACCAUGGCAGGGGGCAUUUCCUGGCUCCUCUACCACCUGGCUCUGAACCCGGAGCACCAGGAGAGAUGUCGGGAGGAGAUCAGAGGCAUCCUGGGGGACGGGUCUUCUAUCACCUGGGACCAGCUGGGUGAGAUGUCAUACACUACAAUGUGCAUCAAGGAGUCACUCCGACUGGCCCCUCCAGUCCCAUCCAUUUCCAGAGAGCUCAGCAAGCCCAUUACCUUCCCAGAUGGACGCUCCUUGCCUGCAGGAAUAACCGUGGUUCUCAGUAUUUGGGGCCUUCAUCAUAACCCUGCCAUCUGGGAAAACCCAAAGGUCUUUGACCCCUCACGAUUCUCUCAGGAAAAUUCUGAUCAGAGACACCCCCACUCCUUCUUACCAUUCUCAGCCGGACCAAGGAACUGUAUCGGGCAGCAGUUUGCCAUGAUUGAGUUAAAGGUGGCCAUUGCCUUGAUCCUGCUCCGCUUCAAGGUGUCUCCAGAUCCCACCAGACCUCUUGUCUUCUUGCCCCAGAUUGUCCUCAAACCCAAGAAUGGGGUCUACUUGCACCUGAAGAAACUCCCCUAA